AUGUUGCAGCUCAUGAAGCGUUUUGGUAGCUUUAGAGGGAGCAAGAAGAGAAAGGAGCAGUGCAAAAGCUCGGAGAGACGCCAGUCUGAUCCUCGUGGCCUCUUCGCCUCUGGCCUCUCCUCUUCUCCGUCUACCCCUACACAAGUGACCAAGCAGCCCACGUUUCCUCUUGAAUCCUAUAAGCAUGAGCCUGAGAGACUAGAAACACGGAUUCACUGUUCUUCACCUCCAGAUACAGGGCAGAGAUUUUCUUUGCCUCCAUCUCAAAGUGCAGCCAAGCCUCCCAUCAUGACACCAGCUCCCUGUGCUACCUCAAAACCAGUAACGGCUCCGGCUCCCGCUCCCUCUCAGCUCCCGGCCGCCUCCGAAGGGAUGCUGGAGAAACUAGAGCUCGAAGAUGAAGCACUUGAAGAACCGGAAAGUGACAUUUAUGUGCGAUUCAUGAGGUCACACAAGUGUUAUGACAUUGUUCCAACAAGCUCUAAGCUUGUUGUUUUCGACACUACGCUACAAGUAAAGAAAGCCUUUUUUGCCUUGGUGGCAAAUGGUGUGAGAGCAGCUCCACUGUGGGAGAGUAAAAAACAGAGUUUUGUAGGAAUGUUAACAAUUACAGAUUUCAUUAACAUACUGCAUAGAUACUAUAAGUCUCCAAUGGUUCAGAUUUACGAAUUGGAGGAGCACAAGAUAGAAACCUGGAGGGAGCUUUAUUUACAAGAGACAUUUAAACCUUUAGUGAACAUCUCCCCAGAUGCAAGCCUUUUUGAUGCUGUAUAUUCAUUGAUCAAAAACAAAAUCCACAGAUUGCCAGUUAUAGAUCCAGUCAGUGGAAAUGCACUUUAUAUACUUACCCAUAAAAGAAUCCUCAAGUUCCUCCAGCUUUUUAUGUCAGAGAUGCCAAAGCCUGCCUUUAUGAAGAAGAAUCUGGAUGAACUUGGAAUAGGAACUUACCAUAACAUUGCCUUCAUACAUCCAGACACUCCUAUCAUUAAAGCCUUGAAUAUAUUUGUAGAGAGAAGGAUAUCAGCAUUGCCUGUUGUGGAUGAGUCAGGAAAAGUUGUAGAUAUUUAUUCCAAAUUUGAUGUAAUAAAUCUUGCUGCUGAAAAAACCUAUAAUAACCUAGAUAUCACGGUGACACAAGCUCUACAGCACCGCUCGCAGUAUUUUGAAGGUGUUGUAAAGUGUAGUAUGCUGGAAACACUGGAGACCAUUGUGGAUAGAAUAGUGAAGGCUGAGGUCCAUCGAUUGGUGGUAGUGAAUGAAGCAGAUAGCAUUGUGGGUAUCAUCUCCCUUUCUGACAUUCUACAAGCUUUGGUACUCACACCAGCAGGUGCCAAACAAAAGGAGAACGAAAGUGAAUGACUGCUGUGAAUGUAUCCACUGCUGUAGGAGAACCUGAACAAAGUUUCUGGGUCAAGUUUGUCUCAAGAACAGUGACUGCAAUAGAACAGAGCAGGAUGGUUGAGAAUGUGUAUUGGGACUUAGUGAUGGAUGAUGAGUCUAUUCCCCCCAGUGAUGUCGCAAAAAAAGCAGCAUGACAAAAGCUUAUGUUAAAAUGUAGGCUUGUACUUCAAAAUGUCUUCAAAACAUUUGCUGGAAGACUUCACAUGAUGUCCUUCAUUAAAAUGCACUGUACUCUGAAACUUUUUCAUUUUGUAUUUGGCAGAAGUCACUGGUCAGCAAUGGAUAUAUGUGACAUAAGGCAAGUGUAUGGCAUAUUCAUAUCAUAGUGCCUUAUGUCAAAAUACAGCAAUAUGUCAUCACUGUUGCCCAUCACUGUCAAAGGAAGUGUUGUGCUAAAUGAGACACUGUAUUUGAAUGUGAAAGUCUUUAAACCUAAAACCAAAUCAGUUUCAGUUCUCAUCAGAUUUGUCAUAAAAGCUGUAAUUUGAACAUUGAUAGACUUUAAACCUUCUAUGACAGUUUUGUGUUAAAUGUUGCAUUCUGAACUGAGAUGUAAAGCAAGACUGAUUUUAAAAACAGCUUUAUUUAUUUUUACUUUCAUGACGAUUUUUUACACAUCUUUGGUGGAUAGCUAAAAUUUCACCAUAUUCAUUAAUAAACUGUUGAUU